AUGUUGUCCAUCCAACCCUCGAAACCGCAAAAAGCCACUCCCAACCUUCUCCCCGUCCGCAUAAACCACAAUGGCCCUAUAAACUCCACUCAACAAUAUUGGAAGCCAACCACCGACGAGAAAGGCACACAGCACGCCUACUUUCGUGGACGUCACCUCUACGGAAAGUCGAUUCCGCUUCCUGAAAACUACACCGGCGCCGUCCUAAACAUCACCGAUAAGCAAUUACCACAACAACGGGCGCAAGCACAGCCUUCGCAUGACGAGGGUGAGGAAGGCGAUGAUGCUGAGCCUGAGGAGAGCAUGCCUGUAGAGGUCAAGAUUGCGGAACAAGUAGGCGAGUUCGAUGAGGUAGUCGUAUGGGGUCAUGGAGGGGAUGUAGAUGGGAAUAGGGAUAUAUUUGUCAGAGGCAUAAGCGAGUGGAUUGAAUUUGCAGAGAGCAUGCAUGCGGAUGACGAUGACGAUGUAGAAAUGGCAACGGAACAGGAAAGCAAAAAGACCAAUUGA